AAACCGAACCGGGAUCAGCUACCAUCCAGCAAAGCUUUAGCAAGGCUUUGAACACAGCCCCCUUCUUUGUGUUAAAAAGCGAGCCAACCUGUUGAGUGUGUGAGGGAAGUGUUGAAGGCUGGGUGUGGGCUCUGCUCAGUGAGGAGGACGCUUCUUCAGCCGCACAUUCAUAUCAGUCCUUCUGCUUUCUGCUGCUCACUUUAACCAUUUACAAGACCUAAACGUUUCCAGGCCUGAAGAUGUCGAGGAUCUGCUCUUUGGUUUUGGUGACAUUUAUGUCCCUGGUGCUUGUAAAGGCGGAGGCUGAGGUGGAUGAUCCCUUUACAUUUGACUACCAUAGACUGCGGGUCGGAGGCCUCAUCCUGGCUGCUGUGCUCUGUCUCAUUGGCAUCACUAUUCUGUUCAGUGGCCACUGCAGAUGCAAGUUCAACCAGAAGAGACCGAGGACAGGAAGCAAUGCUCAGCAGAUGCUCAACGACAAAGGGCGCGCCUGUGAAUGCUAGAUAACAUUAACACGACGGGUUCCAGAACAUCCAGCCAACAGAAAACCAUAGAGGAUCAGCCGUGGGAUUUAUAAGACCAAACCCAGUCUUUGCUGUUAUUUAGAGAAAUCAACAGAAAGUAGUCGGUGUUCACCAGAUUGUAGGUGUGAAGCCCCCCUGCCUGACAACUGAGCUACUGAUCUGCAGCCUGCCUCUAUAUCACUCUCAGACAUUUUGUACAUAAAACUGCGUCACUUUCAUUUCACUCAGAUGGACUCCUUGUUUUUGAGGAAGUGAUUUUCCUGGAAUCAUCUCAUAGACUCAGAGGUCUGUGAAUUCUUCCAAAACGAGAAUAAAAUGCUUCAUAAUUCAUUGCGUUUUGCCAGACCUGACUGACUGAAAUGAAAGUGACUUUGAUGAUAAUUCAAACGCAUCACCA